UAGCGUACUAUCGGGAAUAUAAGCAAAAGCGUCUCUGCACUUCUGCACAGUGUAGUGGAAGGCUCAUAAUUCACAUAAUCACCAAUUUAUAGAAAGCUACAGAACGGCAGCCAAGAUAAUGAUUACAAUUGAAGGUUGAAUCUCAAGAGACCAUAAAAACAGGGUUUCGAAAGACAGAUGCACGCAGCAAUAUGAUGUUUUGAAUGAAAACAGGAGAUCUUGUAUUAAGACUUCACAGGUUACUGUGGCCGCAAUGCUUCAACCGGUUUAUAACAUAGGAAUGCAAAAUAUGUAUGUAUGCAUGUAUGUACCUACUCUGAAGCAAGGACAAGCAAGACUGCUUACUCAAAGCAAUAACUGGACUGCUCUGACCUGCAACGGAUUUGCUGUUGGUUAUGUAUCAUUCCAAUUGCUUUAUUUGUCCUUUGUUCCAGAACAAUGCAUCUCCUUUACAAGUGUGUCCAUAGUUUUAUUCCUGUAAAGACACACUGCAAAUGAGAAAAUCUCAACUGCUCUGAUUUCCAAAAGAGGGGUUGGUUUACUGCGAACACGACAGUAUAUAGUGGACCUGACAAAGUCCAUAUUAGCUCUGGAGGGUGUGCCAUGGCCAAGGUAGUUCAAAGAUAAACAGCAGGGAAUUAGUAAGCCAAAGUCUAGAUCAUAGUGCAGUGGGUAUUCGGAGGCUUUUACAAGAUUCAACACAGCAUUCACAAUGGCUGCGUGGAAGGGGUCUAGUGUUUUAAUAACUGGGGGGAACCGAGGACUUGGACUGGAGAUGGUGAGGCAGUUUCUGGAGUCCCCUAACCCACCAGACCAGGUGUUUGCUGGCUGUCGGGAUCCAGAGGGGCCACGAGCUAAGUGUUUGAAGGAUCUCUCAAAGAAGCACUCUGAACGGCUUUUCAUUGUCCAGCUUGACAUAACGGAUCCAGUGAGCAUCAAGGAAGCAGCGAAGCAGGUGGAAUCCAAACUGAAUAAUAGAGGACUCAAUUUAUUGAUAAAUAACGCAGCCAUUAACUUGCACAGAACUCUGGACGAAACAGACAGCGAUGACAUGAUGCGCUGCUAUAAAACAAAUGUAGUGGGACCAAUGCUAAUGGCCAAGGAAUUCCUGCCUUGCCUGAAGAUGGCAGCCCAGUCCAGUGAUCUUCAAGGAAUGUGCUGCAGGAAGGCAGCGGUGAUCAAUCUGUCCACCCUGGUGGCGUCCAUUGAGAAGUGUCCUGAGACUUUCGGCGUGGCGCCCAUGUACCCCUACCGCACCAGCAAGGCAGCCUUGAACAUGCUGACCCAGUGUCUUUCUGAAGACUUCAGGAAAGAGGAAAUUCUGUGCAACGCAAUCCAUCCUGGAUGGGUGAAAACCGAUAUGGGGGGUAAAGAAGCCCCCCUGGACGUGGUGGACAGUGUCGGGGGGGUGUUUCAGGUGCUGUCUGCUCUCACAGAGAAGAACGCGGGACAGUGUCUAGACUGGGAAGGAAAGAUCAUCCCCUGGUGAGACUCUGACCCCAGACCAAGACCACCAGUCCAUUGAGCCAGACCAGGAGAAGAGAAAAACAACAAGCAGCCACUGUUUUACUAUAUUCAAUUGUUGCAUACUAAUAAAGAAGCUGGUUUGUGCAGUA